CGGUCGAGCUCGUGGGGAGUGUACGUGGCCGAUUGAGAAGUCUUAGUGACAUGGAGGGGUGCAAGCUCUACAAGGCGAAGACGUACCCGUUGGACGACGAGAUGCGCCUGGCGCGCAUUUCUCUGCAGUCACAGCAGUUUCAGCAUCCUUUCUACAUCUUCGCAACCACAGCCACAGCAAGUUCAGCAACAGCAACAACAGCAACAGCAACAACAGCAACAACAGCAACAGCAGCAACAACAACAACAACAACAACAACAACAACAGCAACAGCAACAACAGCCGGGCAUUGUCUUUCAGCCUCCAAAUUUACUUAACAAUACUCAAAUCAAGACAACCAUACCUU